UCUCCGAGAGCUGCCAGAUAAUCGCUCCCUGCAGGAAUUAGAUGUGGAGUGAGCGUUACAGGUGGAGCACAGAGGAAAAAAAAGCCGGAUCCAAGACCAGAAAAACAACAGCACAAGUCCCCCUUCACAAGCUGGUUUCCUAAAUGUAGAUCCUGACAACUGCCCGGGGGAUUAACUGGAUGUUGUUGGGGUGAUAUUUUAAGGGUGUGCGGUUUUAUGGAUGAGGCUGACGCCAUGACGAUGAUCUCCUUCAACAUCCCUCACCUGUAGCAGGGCAGCAGCAUGGCUUCUGCUCUUCCUUCAACACAAGACACCAGUGGCUCAUUAGCACUGCGCUGGAGGCUCACGCCGACAUAGAUACUCGCCAACUUCAAACUGAACCCAGGCAGGCGGAGCUGCACCCAACAGGCUCGGGUUAAACACACGUAUGAACUGAAUUUCAAAGGGGUCUUUUUAAAAAACAAAGAUGACUCGUGCCAAAGCGGCACACGUCUGGGACGGCGACACAGUGUAACAAAAGCAGAAUCUGGACUGAGACCUCAGAUCAUGUUCUCUCUCUGAUCGGGUGAUUUUUGUGGCAGAGCUGGACUGUGCAGCUCUACCACACUUUGACGAAACCUGGACUCGGAGCCAUGUCUCUCCUCUUAGCCCUGAGUCUCAUCUGUGGAUCGAUGCUCCAUGUUUCAUUUAGUGCACUCAACAAUCACUACUGUGUCCCGAGAAAGACUGUCCUCUACCAGAACGAGCUGAAGUCAUUCAGAGAAGAGGGGAUCUUUAACUACUCCACUAUGUUGAUGAGAGACGACCUGGGUGUGCUGCUGCUCGGGGCCAGAGAGGCCAUAUAUGCGCUGGACAUCAACAACAUCUCUGUCAGAAAGGCUGUGGUGUAUUGGCGAGUUACCGAGGAGAAGCAGACAGAGUGCACGUACAAAGGAAAACAUGCUGAGGUGGAAUGCCGUAACUACAUUCGAACCCUGCACAAAAUGAAUGACACCACAGUCUAUGUGUGCGGAACAAAUGCUUUUAGCCCCACCUGUGAUUAUAUGACGUUCGUGAACGGACAGCUGAGGCUGGAGGGAAAGCAGGAGGAGGGAAAGGGGAAGUGUCCUUUUGAUCCCUUCCAGAGAUACUCCUCCCUCAUGGUCGGAAAUGACCUGUAUUCUGCUACAUCCAUCAACUUCUUGGGCUCUGAGCCUGUGGUUCUGCGCAGCUCGGACUUGGCUCUCCGCACUGAGUUUAAGAGCUCCUGGCUCAGUGAGCCAAACUUUGUCUACAUGGACUUUGUGAGGGAGAGUUUGGAUAGUCCCGAUGGCGAUGAUGACAAGGUGUACUUGUUCUUCAGCGAGAAUGCCAUGGAGUACGACUUCUACAGCAAAGUUGCAGUGCCUCGAGUGGCCCGUGUGUGCAAGGGAGAUAUGGGCGGCCAGCGGACACUGCAGAGGAAAUGGACGUCGUUCCUGAAAGCUCGUCUGGAUUGUUCCCUCCCUGAACCCAGCCUGCCCCCCAUUGUCCAGGAUGUCUUCCUGCUGAAGCACAAAGACUGGAGGAAGAGCGUCUUCUACGCCGUCUUCACACCCCAGUCGAGCUUGUCCCAGGCGUCUGCAGUGUGUGCAUACAGCGUGUCUGCCAUUCAAGAUAUUUUCAACGAGGGCAAGUUUAAGACACCUGUUGCUGUGGAGACAUCUCACGUCAAGUGGGUGAUGUACACUGGAGAGGUGCCGGUCCCCAGACCAGGAGCGUGCAUCAAUAACGUGGCACGUAAAAUGGGGAUGAAUCGCUCUCUGGAUCUUCCUGACAAAACCCUCCAGUUCAUCAGGGACCGUCCCCUCAUGGACGAGGCUGUUCGUCCUCUGACAGGAGGGCCGCUGCUGGUCAAGAGGGGAGCUCUGCUGACUCGGAUCGUAGUGGACAGCGUGCUGGCACUGGAUGGACAGAGACAUGCCGUCAUGUUCAUCGGCACUGAAAACGGUUACAUUCAGAAGGCUGUCAACUACCACGGAGAGAUGUUCAUCAUCGAGGAGAUUCAACUGUAUGAAAACCCCGUGCCUAUUAGCACCCUGCGCAUCUCGUCCAACAAGAGCCAGCUGUAUGCAGGAUCAGAGUACGGUGUCGUCCAGAUGCCGCUCAGUAACUGCAGCCGCUAUGACACUUGUGUGGACUGCAUCCUGGCCCGGGAUCCUUACUGCGCUUGGGACGUCACCAUCGAGCAGUGCACCUCAGUCUACAGCUCGUCCUCUUCCUCUAAGGCUGCAAUACAGAGUCUGAAGGAGGGAGACAUUUCACAGUGUCCCCAACCAGAUCCUGUAGCAGCUGUGGACUUUACCCUAGUUCCAGGGAACAACAUCCAGCUGCCUUGCCAGCUCCACUCCAACUUGGCGCAGGUCCUGUGGCGAUUCUCUGACCAAACACUUCACUCCAACAACAAAUACUACAUCUACAGCGGAGGCCUCCUCAUUCUGAGUGCCUCUGAAUCGGACGCUGGCGUGUACACCUGCGGCUCAGUCGAGCAGAUCAACGGCAGAACAUACAACCGGACUGUGGCGGUUUAUCAUUUACAGCUGUAUGCUGGCCCAGAAGUCAGGGACAGCACUACUCCUAGCAAUGAGGUGAUAGAUUCCUCAGACUCUAAUCACAGUCUGAAUACGACUGCACCAAAGCCGGAGACGACUCCGGGUGUUGAGGACCCGUUGUCCCCCGAGAAUCAAAGCGACACUAGCAGGGUGACUCGUUUGGAGGUGGCCGUGGGUCUGCUGUCGCUGCUUUGUCUCUUCCUGAUGGGGGUCAUAUUUUUUAUCUGGAGUCAAAGACGUUGGGGAUGUUUCAAGUUAGAGCAGCGCUCCAACGAGAGCGAGGCGAAAAGGCAGUCAGCUGAAUACAUGCACAUCCAGAACAGAACUUCAGAGAUAAAGCUCCUGGGGCCUGAGUCUAGAAGACCUUGCAGUGCCAAUAAUAAUCACUCUGCUGUUGACUUCAAAGGCAACGGGGAGCACCACUUCACACCUAUGGCCAAUAUUUCAAGUCUGGACGGUCUGGGAUACAUAAACGAUGAGUCAGAGAUUUGACUCUGCUGAGGUAAAGAUUUUAGACCAAGUCCACCGACAGUGAACUAAAAAAUCUUCCUAUGGAUGCACAUUAUAAAUUCCUUUGAUCGGUGUCCUGUUCCUCUUUGCCAAUUUCCAACACCAUCUAUCAUUUCUGUACUUUGACGGAGCAGCUGACGUUCACUGACAAGACUUUUACAGGAUUUCUAGUGAAGUUUUCACUCUAGGAAGUCUUGUUUUUGUACAGUUAUUUUUGUACAAUGAUAAAUUGUGAAUACACUUUGUGUAAUAUAUUAUGUACAGCCAUUUUUUUUCAACUAUUUAUUUGUCGAUGACGUUUUUAUUUCAAUUGUAAUCUUGUAAAUAGGGUCGUCAACAACAACACUUUAACCUCUAGCUUCCAGGCACAUUUCAUUUAACUGAUACUUGUACUACUGUUUAUUUAAGACAUUCAUCAGUCAGAGAACAUACUGUUCAGUCCUUGGCUGUGUUAAUGAUUGAUCAGUAGCCUGUACUAUUUCAUUUCCGGGGUGGCUGUUGUUAAAAGACGCAUUACAGAUUUACCUCCAAUGCCAAUGGAAAAAAAAGAAAGAUUCACUCCAGUAAAGUUAAAUUAUCGCUGAUAAUUGCAGAAGUGAAAUGUGGGUGCACAUGUCUGUCAGUGAAUCAGCUUUUUGCAUCAGAGAUUAGCUACAGAUUUGGUUUUGGUGUCAAGCUUUGGAAAAUGCAGUCCUUGUUGGUAAUAAAAAAAAUAAUCCUGA